AUGGAGGAUGAUGCACUUAUCAAGAAGUAUGUAACAGAAAGAAGAAAGGAGCUGCUGCAGACGCAUCAUAUUCUUAGGGAAAUAACAGAUGAGGCCCUUCUAUGCAAGAAAGUGAAGAAGGACAAGAUUGUGAUGCAUUUCUACGAUAAGAAGUUUAAAAGGUGCCAGGAGAUGAAUAAGGCUCUGGAGUCGCUGGCGCCUCAGUACAGCAAAAUAGAGUUUUUGUGCGGCGAAGCAGAAAAGUUUCCAUAUAUAACAAAUAUGCUAGAAAUCACACAUCUUCCAUACCUAGCGACAUUUUCUGAUGGAUACUUUACUGGAGGAAUUAUUGGAUACCAAGACAUAGGAGAUGACCAGCUGGAUUUAAAGUUAUUAGAAGGGUUCUUGCAGAACCAUUCAGCUAUAUCUGGGUCACAGGAUAGACCAAUCGAGUAA